GUGCAUGAGGUUGUUUUUUGAGGUUAUAGCGGAAAACGUAUAAAUUUGACCGUUUGAAAAUUUUCCAAAAAGAUGUCUGAUUUUUCCGAGCUUCUGCAAGAGGCAGAAAAACUAACAACAAAUUUGGAAGGAACUAGUGAAUUACCCAAAGUCGAGAGAUCUUUACGACAAGUUUUGGAAGCGUCUAAUGAACUAUACAGCAGAGUAGCACAAACUGGAGCUAAGGACAUUCAAGCGAAUUUAUUAUUGGGAUCCAAGGGUAUAGAUUUGCCAAAAAUUGUUCAGAAAUUGGAAUCUAUAAGUACCAAAAGAACUUUUGAACCUAUUGAACCUGUUGAAGACUUGGACCUCAGUAGUUUGUUGGAAAAUGAAGUUCGAAACUGCAUUUUGAAUGUUGUUGAAUCUGGUUAUAGUUCAUGCUUGAAAUCUGUGUACGAAAAUGCUUGGGAGCACCAAGCUGGAGAAUGGAAACAGGAAAAACGUAAAAUUCUACAUUCUAUGAUAGCCCCAUCAGGAUCCUUCUUAGAACUUGGGAGCAAUAAAAGUAUAUUUAUGGAUGCAACACCACCUACAACACCAUUUUUAGGUACCAGUGAAACAUUGUAUGCUUCCAAGAUCAUUGAGUAUAAUGGUAAUGUGACUAAGAAUUCACCUCAACAAGACUUGGUUUCGGUUUUCACUAAGAUAUCCCAGGAAUUCAAAGAUGCAAAAGUGAAGGAUAUGUGGGAAAUGCUGAAGUAUAUGAUUGAUCUACCACCAUUUCCCCAUUCCGAUGAUCCAAUCAAAAAUAGGUAUUCUAAACCUGUGAUAAAUGCUUUAGUAAAUAGGGGAAAGAAAUAUUUGGAGGAUAGAUACAAAACUUAUAUGAAUAAUAUCAUAAAUGAAAAUUUAACUAUGGCUCUUCGAGGUGGAAUACCUGGUACCUACCAUUUAGUUAAAAGUUUUGUUGGAAUUCGUCUACAGGGGGAAUAUUAUGGUCUAAAUGAUGGUACAAUUGAAGAUCGGCCAAUUUGGCCAAUGGUUUAUUAUUGUCUUAGGGCUGGCGACUUAAAUGCAGCUAUUUAUUGCUUGAAAAGGCACAAUUCAGAUUUUCGAGAGAUAAUCAAUAUAUUGCAAGCUAAAAUCAAUAAUGCACCACCUGCUGAUUAUGCUAAAUUAGAAAGUAGUGUUAGAUUUGCCUAUCGAAGAACAGUCCGUAAUGAAACAGAUCCUUUUAAAAGAAUAAUCUGGUCCGUUUUGGGAUGUUGUGAUAUUGUUGAUGAACAUUCUGAAGUUGCUAGAACUGCAGAUGACUACCUCUGGCUCAAAUUAAGUCUUGUCAGGACUGAUUAUGACAAAGAAGAUCAUAUCAAAUACGAAGAAUUACAGAGAAUGAUAUUGGAAGAAUAUGGGGAAUCUCAUUACGAUGCUUCUAACCAACCUCAUCUCUAUUUCCAAGUACUUCUAUUAACAGGCCAAUUUGAAGCAGCUCUUGAAUUUCUUGCUAGAAUUGAAAGAUACAAAGUUCAUAGCGUUCAUAUGGCCAUUGCUCUGAAAGAGUUGUAUCUAUUAGGUGGCCCUUAUGAUCCUAGUGCUCCACUGAUCAGCAUUGAUCCGAUGGACCCAAAACCUGCGCGCCGUUUGAAUAUAGCUCGCCUCAUCCUCAUCUAUGUGAAAAAAUUCGAAAUGGUUUGCCUAAAUGAAGCGCUGCAUUAUUUCUACAUUUUGAGGAAUAUAAAUGAUUCUGACGGAGUAAACCUCUUCAAAAUAUGCACUAAAGAUUUAGCAUUAGAAACAAAGUCCUACGAACAAAUACUUGGAAAAGUUCAAAGGAAUGGAAUAAGGAGCAAAGGACUGGUGGAUCAAUUCAACUCUUCCUCUAUAACAGCUGAAAAUAUAGCAGAGAUAACUGCUGACGCUCUCUGCAAAAAAGGCCUAUUCGAAGAUGCAAUAGAACUAUACGACGUUGCAAACAUGCAGGAAAUGACUUUGAAUUUGUUAUGUUCCCUGCUUUCCCAAGUGGUUCAGUUACCCGCCCAAGCAGGUUCUUUGAGGGACAGGCUGCAGCAGAAAUCGAAUGAAUUGGCAGAGCGUUACGAGAGGGAAGGAUACCGAAGUUCGACUAAUAUUGUUAUCUCCUUCUUGAAACUGAAAGAUUUGCUCACAUUUUUCGAUUAUUAUCAUUCCAAGCAGUAUAAUUUGGCAUUGAAAACUUUGGGAGAUAUCCAAUUAAUACCCUUGCAGUCACAUGAAUUCGAGGAAAGGGUUAAAGGAUUUGACAGAUUGAGCAUAGAACUCUGCAAAGUUAUACCAGAUGUUAUAUUGGCCACCAUGAAUAUGCUUUUUGCACAAUAUCAGAAGUUGAAAGGAAACGAGUACUUACCUUCCAAAUUCAAAAAUGAUGCUUCCGAAAAUCAACUGACUUAUUUGAGGCAGCAAGCGAAAAUUCUCACCGAUUUCACUGGAUUAUUGCCUUAUCGAAUGCCAGGAGAUACAAACAGUAGAUUAGUACAAAUGGAAAUUUUAAUGCAUUGAAUGGAAUUAAAAAUUUGCAAAUU